CUUGUUAGUAGGUUUCAAGGGUUCAGACGGGAGAGGUGACAUUUGGCAGGCUAUCUGUCUGUGUACAAAGGACAAAUGAAAUUAAAUAAAAGUACAGGUUAAAGGAAACUACAUAGAAACCAGAGAAAUGUCUUCUCUAGUAAGAUUCGGGUCCGUAUUUCGGGCCGGGGCACAGCUGCUUAGCCGAGGUCCAGCGCGAGUUGGAUUCAGAAAAGCGAGUGGCGGUGUCCAUAUUGAACCUCAGUACAGGCAGGGUCCACAAAUGACAAGGAGCCAGAAGUUUCAGGCGGAAUUUCUUAGCAGUGCCAUGUGGUUCUGGAUUCUCUGGCAUUUUUGGCAUAAUCCUGACGCAGUCCUUGGUCACUUUCCCUGGCCUGAUGCCUCACAGUGGACAGAUGAGGAAUUGGGUAUCCCUCCUGAUGAUGAAGAGUAAGCAAUAGUAUACUUUUUUACUAUUAUUGGAUUAUACAUAUGAAAAUAACCGUUCUAUUGGACAUAACAAAGCAAUCUACACUGUAUAUACAAAAUAUAGUUUAUUAAACUUGUGGCUCCAUA